CUUGUAACUGGCACAUAGAAAGCCUCAAUUGUUGCGCUGCAGCUGCAGCAUCUCCUUCAAUCUUUGCCAUGUCGACCUUACGUAUCUCUAGAGAAGCAUUGAGGGCUUCAAGACUCAUCGCAAAGUCCUACCCCUCCAUACCCCACACCAAGCUCCCCUUCAGAACACCGUCCCGCUGUAUCGCAACCCACAGCACACGCACUCAAGCCAAUGCCAUAUCCGUCCUUCCCACGCUCGUCGAUCCCUCGUCCGAGUUAUACAAACAAAAUGCCGCUCAAAUCGGCGAGGUCAUGGAUCGCUUUGAAAAGUUGACUCAGAAGAUCCAGCAAGGAGGGUCCGCGAAAGCUAGGGAAAAACACAUAGCGAGGAAUAAGAUGCUGCCUCGAGAUCGAGUUACCGCUUUGAUUGAUCCCGGAACUUCAUUUUUGGAAUUGUCUGCAUUGGCGGGACAUGAGGUGUAUCCUGAGGCCGAGGUCCCAGCUGGGGGUAUUAUUACGGGAGUGGGUGUUAUUGAGGGUGUUACUUGUAUGAUUGUUGCGAAUGAUUCUACGGUUAAGGGGGGAACUUAUUUUCCUAUCACGGUGAAGAAGCAUUUGAGAGCGCAGGCUAUCGCCAAGGAGAAUAAAUUGCCGUUAGUUGAGGCUUUUGUUUGGAUUUCGAGGAUUGAGUAUAUGGCUAACUGAAGUAGAUGUGUUUAUCUGGUUGAUUCAGGAGGAGCCAACCUCCCACAUCAAGCGGAUGUUUUCCCGGAUCGGGAGCAUUUUGGAAGGAUAUUCUUCAAUCAAGCUAGAAUGAGUUCCGAGGGAAUACCUCAGAUAUCUGUUGUUAUGGGUCCUUGUACCGCUGGAGGUGCAUAUGUACCAGCCAUGUCCGAUGAAAGUAUCAUUGUUGAUGGGCAAGGUCAUAUUUUUCUCGCUGGUCCACCUCUAGUGAAAGCAGCAACAGGAGAAGUAGUAAGCGCCGAAGACCUAGGGGGAGGAAAAAUGCACACCUCCGUCUCAGGAGUCACAGAUUAUCUCGCAGUGGACGACGCCCACGCUCUAGUACUAGCCAGACGCUCAAUAAGCAACCUCAACUGGCCGAAGAAAGCCUUUCCUCCACCAGAAACCUACUCGGAACCUCUCCAUGAUCCAGAAGAACUAAUAGGAAUCGCCACCACUAAUCUCAGAAAACCACUUCCAAUCCACGAAAUCAUCUCCCGAAUCGUAGACGGCAGCGUCUUCUCCGAAUUCAAACGCGAUUAUGGCACUACCCUCGUAACAGGCUUCGCCCACAUCUACGGGCAUAAGGUAGGAAUAAUAGCCAACAACGGGAUCCUCUUCUCAACCUCCUCCCUCAAAGGAGCGCACUUCAUAGAACUCUGCUGCCAACGUCAAAUCCCGCUUAUCUUCCUCCAAAACAUCUCCGGCUUCAUGGUCGGCACCGACGCCGAACGCGAAGGCAUCGCGAAAAACGGCGCAAAAUUGGUGACGGCAGUAGCGUGUGCGAAUGUGCCCAAGUUCACGGUGGUGGUGGGUGCCAGUAAUGGCGCCGGGAACUAUGGGAUGUGUGGACGGGCGUAUAGUCCUAGGUUUUUGUGGAUGUGGCCGAAUGCGCGGAUUGGGGUUAUGGGGAGUGAACAAUUGACUGCUGUUAUGGAGACGGUGGGAAAGACGGUGGAUCCGGAGUUGAAGGAGAGGAUUGAGAGGGAGAGUGAGGCCGUUUUCUCAUCAGCUAGGUUAUGGGUAUGUGUAUCUUUUCUCCUUUUCAUUAUUCUCGUCUCUUCCUUAACCUCGCUUCUUGCCCCCUUUUUUUCCUAUCACCCACAACCCACAUCUCUCAUCCUCACGGUAGACCUGAGAUUCCUAGACUCAUACUAACGUAACCCCCAGGACGACGGCGUGAUACCACCCAGUCACACGAGAAGAGUCCUCGGUUUAGGAUUACGAGCCGCAUUGGGUGGGAAGAACGAACCUAUCCCCACGAAAUUCGGCGUUUUUAGGAUGUAAAGUGUUUCUCGGGGUGGCGGGAGAGGUUUCAAUAUCUUAGAGCAUACCUAGUAUUACACUUGUAGAAAGGUCAUUCACAUGGACUUUUCUGUUCUUCAUCAUUGCUUUGAUGUCCGUGACUAGGUAGUUCUUAUGCAUGAGAUUUGGGGUUUGAUUUCGAGGCGAGCUGUGUAUGGA